AUGACCAUUGAAUUAGAAGAACCUCCACUUACUAGCGACAACAACCAAGUUCUCAAGGACUUGUUUGGAGGAACCAUGGGUGGUAUUGCCCAAGUUCUCGUUGGGCAGCCGUUUGAUACCGUCAAGGUCAGAGUGCAAUCCGCCCCGGAGGGCAUGUACAGUGGAUCCAUGGACGUGAUUAAACAGUUGGUGAAGAAUGAAGGACCAUUUGCAUUUUAUAAAGGAACAUUGACGCCUUUGGUCGGGGUCGGUGCGUGUGUUUCUGUCCAGUUCAGUGUCAACGAAUUCAUGAAGCGAUAUUACGAUGACAAGUUACAAGGCAAACCAUUGAGCUUGUCCCAGUUUUUCGUAUGUGGGGCCGUGGCUGGGUUCGCCAACGGGUUCUUGGCUUCUCCUAUUGAACAUAUCCGUAUCAGAUUGCAAACCCAGACUGGGAGCGCCUCGGGCGCUGCCACCUUUAAUGGCCCUAUCGAUUGUGCCAAGAAGCUUUAUCAAAGCAACGGGUUCGGUCAUGGUAUAUAUAGAGGAUUGGUACCUACUUUGUUCAGAGAAUCAGUCGGGUUGGGGAUCUAUUUUGCCACUUACGAAGCUUUGAUUGGUCGUGAAUUAAAGAAUAAUAAGAAUAUGAUUAGAGCUGAGAUCCCAGCGUGGAAAUUGUGUUUAUUUGGUGGGUUGUCUGGUUACACUUUAUGGAUCGGUAUUUACCCCGUUGAUGUUAUAAAGUCCAAAUUGCAAACUGAUUCAUUGACGAAGCCAAACUAUAAAGGUUCCUUGAGUGUGGUUAGGGAUGUGUUUGCCAAAACUGGUAUCAAGGGGUUCUACAAGGGGUUCAUUCCAACCAUAUUGAGAGCUGCUCCAGCCAACGGUGCCACAUUUGCCGUGUUCGAAUUGACAAUGAGAGUAUUAGGAUAG